UUUUCUUUAUUUUUUGGUACCAGACAAGACCAAACCAACAGAAACAUAACUUAACAUACAUGCCAUAAGCAAAAUCAAUGUGAGUUUCAGUUUCAGACAAGGCAACUCAAACACUUUCCUCCACUUUCAGGUGCUCUUAUUUUGCUUUACUAAUGGCUGCCUUGCAUUUUUGGUGUUGACAUUAUCUUCUUCCUGCUGUAAUGAAGUCUUGUCUUGAAUCUCCUCUUUAACAAGGUUGGAACUGGUAUCGAUUGAUUCCUGGUUUCACUCACAAACAUGAAGUUGGCACUCAAGAAUGGAUGGAACUCUGUUGCACCUCUCCGUUUACGAGGCAGUUCGGCCACCCGUUUUUGCAUGUUCCCAAAAGUGAAGUCAGCAGGCUUUAGUCCAGGAAACACGCCUGUCUAUUUGAAUGUUUAUGACUUGACACCAAUCAAUGGCUAUGUCUACUGGGCAGGCGUUGGUAUUUUUCACACUGGGGUAGAAGUCCAUGGUGUAGAAUAUGCCUUUGGAGCACAUGAUUACCAAACAAGUGGUGUCUUUGAUGUUGAACCACGACAGUGCCCUGGCUUCAGGUUUAGAAAGUCAGUAUUCAUGGGAACAACAUGCUUGGAUCCUGUUGAGCUUAGAGAGUUCAUGGAGCGCCAGUCUGCAAACUACAAUGGUGAUACAUAUCAUUUGAUUGCUAAGAACUGCAACCAUUUCUGUGAGGAUAUAUGUUAUAAGCUAACAGGGAACCCAAUUCCAAAAUGGGUAAAUCGUCUUGCAAGAAUAGGUUCACUAUGCAACUGCAUACUUCCCGAAGGCCUUAAAUCUACCACUGUGCAACAUGACCCUAAUUUCCAAGGAUGUGAAAGUGAGAAGAAGAGACUAAGAACUGCCUUUAGUUGCUGGUCAUCAAUCUCAAUGCCUCAUAAGGAAGUCUCAAUAUCUUCAUUGUUUCUGCACUCUCACUACAAAGGCUGCCUGCCGCCGUGGGAGUUGAAGAGGUCUGAAAGUGGCUCAAUGAAGAAAUUAUCUAAAAAUGCCUCAUUGAAGAAACUAUGACACUUGCAUUUCAAUGCAUAUCAAUUGUAAAAGUACCAAUUUCAGCAUCUGCUCUGAAAUUCGGAUCCGGUCGAUGAUAUCACCUCCUGUCCUAUGUGAGCCUCUGAAAUGUAAAAUCUGUCAAGUUUGUGAUUCAAACUGUGAAAACAGAGUGCUGUACUCGUGUUUUUUCCUGUUUUUACUAGCAUGUGUGGAGUUUGCUAGUUCUCUUUAUAAUGUGUAACAAACAGAGUCAUGUACUCAUUCUUCAUCCUGUAAUGUAUCACCAUUUAUUACUGGAAUAUUUUCAUGAGAUUUCUCAUCUACA